AUGGCAUCCCGCAGACCCCCUUCGUCACGUUCGCGCGCAACUCCAACAUCUCUACCUACCUCAAGGUCUCGCAUUGCCACCUCGAACGCCAAUGCCCAGCGAGCUCCUACACCAGCGUCCGAAGUCCGGACAGACAGCUCUACAGCCACAGCUGGAUCAUCAUCAUCCUCGCGCCUCGUCAAGUCCAGUCCACAAGGCGAAAGUGAAACCAACAUACAAGUUGUCAUACGCUGCAGGCGCAGGAACGAUCGCGAGAUUCAAGAGAACUCGCCCAUAAUCGCAACCUCCGCUGGGGCGAAGAGUCAAGACGUUACCAUUGAGACCGCCAUCCCCGUCUCGAGUCUCGGAGUCGUUACCCUCGCCCCCACGCGAACAUAUCCAUUUGAUCUUGUUUUUGGACCGGAAGCGGACCAGGCAAUGAUCUACCACGAUGUCGUGAGUCCUAUGCUUAACGAGGUGCUCAUGGGGUACAAUUGCACACUCUUCGCAUAUGGUCAAACCGGCACUGGUAAAACCUACACUAUGCAAGGCGAUCUCACGCCGACGCCUAUGGGUAACCCAUCUGCAAAUGCCGGAAUGAUUCCUCGCGUCCUCUUCAGGCUAUUCCACCAACUCGAGACUUCAGCAGCGGACUACAGUGUCAAGAUCUCCUUUGUUGAACUGUACAACGAAGAACUUCGUGACCUUCUCGCGAAUGAGCUCGCACCGCCUGCGGGCUCUGCUCAGCCUAUGGGCAAGGGAGGCGCUCCAGAUAACGGUCAAGGAGGCCUGAAAAUCUUCGAUGACUCAGGGAAAAAGGGCGUCUUCAUUCAGGGUCUAGAAGAAAUUCCUGUCAAGGACUCUAAAGACGCCCUUGCUCUUUUGACUAAGGGCAGCCACCGGAGGCAGAUCGCAGCCACGAAGUUCAACGACCAUUCAAGUCGUUCUCAUUCCGUUUUCUCUAUCACCGUGCACAUAAAGGAGAAGUCAACCAUGGGCGAUGACCUGCUUAAAGUGGGCAAACUCAACUUGGUUGACUUGGCCGGUUCAGAGAACAUUGGCCGGUCGGGAGCUGAGAAUAAGCGAGCGAGAGAGGCUGGCAUGAUCAACCAGAGUCUUUUGACACUCGGUCGAGUGAUAAACGCCCUUGUGGACAAAUCGUCGCAUAUACCCUAUCGAGAAUCGAAGCUCACUCGCUUGCUUCAAGACUCCCUUGGUGGGCGGACCAAGACUUGCAUCAUUGCGACGAUAUCCCCUGCGCGCUCAAAUAUGGAGGAAACACUCUCGACCCUUGAUUAUGCCCUACGAGCCAAGUCCAUCCGCAACAAACCCGAGGUGAACCAACGCAUGAACCGAAAUUCCCUCCUCAAGGAGUACAUCGCCGAGAUCGAACGCCUGAAGGCUGACGUCCUCGCCGCACGCGAGAAGAACGGCAUAUUCUUUUCCGAGGAAACAUGGAACCAGCUUAGCGCUGAGCAAGAGCUGCGGCAGACGGAGAUGCAUGAGGCAAAGAAGCAGGUGGAGAUCGUGGAAAGCCACCUGAGGAACGUGAGGGAGGAGUUUGAGCAGAGUAUUGGGCUGCUGAUGAAGAGGGACGGAGAACUGAAGGAGGCAAAGGAACAGCUGAAGGAGACAAGGGGUGAGCUGGCGGUCCGUGAUGGGCUACUGAAAGCAGCGAAAGGUGCACUGGAGGAGGAGAUUGUUAUUCGUCAAGCCUACCAAACGAACGAAGAAACCCUGGACGGUGUCGCGUCAGGGCUGAAGCUCGUUGCAGGGGAGAGUGUCACUGAUCUAAGCAGCCUUUUCGACAAAAUUCAGCGCAAGACCAGCCAGUUUAACUCAAAUGCGAAAGCCGUGUCUACAUAUGGGAGAUCCAUAGGUUCGGAUGUCCAGAGGCUGACCUCUGCACUAGAGGCCUUCAACAAGACGUUCAGCAGCCAUGCGGAAAAACUGCGAAGUGAGAUUAAGCAAUUUCAAACGAAGGAACUUGAAUCCAUGUCAAGUCAUUCUGAGCGCAUCGAUCACCAACUUAAACGCGUCCAGGACUCGCUCAAAGUCAUCCAGACCAAGGACGAGGUCUCUGCCGAUGCUCUCGUGGUCAUGCAGAACGCUGUACAGGAGUCACAGACUACACUCAAGAGUGGCUUCGUCGCUUGGUCCGAGUCUCUGCGUUCUACCUGCAAGACUGUUUCCAAAGAGAGCUUUGAUUCGAAUUUGGCAAACUUGACCGCUAUUGAAAACGCCUUCAUGAACAUGGAUCAACUCAUGAGCUCAAUGUUGUCCGAUGCCAUGACCAACAUACAAGAAGACGAGCAGAUAUCAUCGCAAGCGUCGACCACCGCUGAGAAGAUGUCGCAAAUCGAGAUUGCCCGUCUGCAAGCCCAGAACACCCAGCUAACCAAGCUUCUCGAAGCGGAGCGCGCCAAGUCCCAGAAAGCCAAGGACGAGCUGGUCAAGCAGAUAUCCGAUCUGCUCGCCGGUUUCGUAGCAAGCCGCGACUCUGACAUGUGUUCGACCUUUGGCUUUGUGGCUCACGACAAUGCCAAGGGCGAGGAAGAGAUGAAAAAGCAUGCGCAGCAGCACAGGGAGUUGAUGGCAGAGCUCUCAACGAGACACGCUGAAGCGGCUUCUCAGUAUCGCGAGAGAGGUGUGGAAGCCAAGCGUACCAGAGAUGGGGCUUUGAAGUCUCUCGGAACUGCCAAGACUUCUCUUGAAGACAGUUUUGCUGGAGUACAGACCGUUGUUACGACUGCCACAAGUACAUACUCCGGCGAAUUGCAACGGAACGCGCAGAGCCUCAAUGCGUCGUUCAUGGGAGGUCUCGACCGCCAUAAUAGAGCGAAGAGAGCGCGAAUUGAUGCCACAAGUGCAAUGUCGCUGGAUGUCGAUGCAGAUCUGCGACAAUUGCAGCACGGGCUGUCGUCUAGCUCGCGCCAUGUCGAAAGCCAUGUUGGAAAAGUCAAUUCAGAGACUGGCGCUUUGACACAGGUGGCGGACCAGUAUCACCGCGAAGCUGGUAGUAAACUCGGCACGUUGAAGGAGAGCACGAAGUUGUUGAUUGACAACGGUACGAAAGAGGAUGUGUCCACUGGCUUGACGCCACGGAAGAGGGAGUGGGAAUACGUCGAUCAUUGGGAGCUCACCGGCAGCCGCGAUGCUAUCCUCAAGUCUUGGAAGGGGGGAGAUUCGUCUAAGAUCCCAAGCCUUGAAAGAUCAUUAUCAGCUUUGUCGAGAGCUUCCUCUCGUGGAACGAAUAGCCCUGUGGAUAUGGAAGACGAGCGAACACCAUCUCCAGAGUCCGUUUGCGAACCAGAACCAGAACCGGAAUUACAACAGCCUAACCCAACACCGCCCAUCUCGUUGUCGUCCUCGGCCUCUUCGACCACGACAUUAGCCAUGCCACCGCCUCCAGCACUUGCGCCCGCGCCUGCAUCUGCACCACCACCACCACUGAAGAAGGCCGCGUCAACAAAGUCCGGUCUGCCCGGAGUGGGUACGCUGGCGGAGAAGCCAACGAACACGCUGCCGACGCGGCAGCUGAGGAGGAUUCGAUGAUCUUCUGUUGUUUCCCAUACCCAUCUAUAGGACUAGCAUUGAUUAAUGUCUUUAUUUUUGUUCAUGUACUUAUCUUAUCGGACGCAUUACGGCACCAGACACACGAGGGAAAGAGCUGACAGUCGUUCGACGUCGUUCCGGUCCCCACAUGACCCCGCACGGACAAUUCUAGCACCAGCCUCGACUCCCCUUUUCCCUCGCUGCC